AUGGAGUUUGAUCAUGAUCAUGUUAGGAGGCGAGUGGUCGAAGAAGACAGAUUGAGCAGCUUGCCAGAUGAGCUUGUUCAUAAGAUCCUUUCCUAUUUUGACAUGAAAUAUGCUGUUCAAACGUGUUCGUUGUCAUCAAGAUGGGAGCUUCUCUGGACAUCAAUGCCUUGUCUUAACUUGUCAAGUAGGGAGUUUAGUUGUUUACGAAAGUUUGGCAAAUUUGUUAAUCAUGUUUUGUCUCACCGCAACCAUCAAGUAGAAGUGUCUUCUGUAAAGCUACAUUUCAGUGGAGCAGCUAGUCAGGUUUCCGUGAGAAAAGAUUGCAAGUUAUAUGUUCUCUCACAAUGUCCAACAACUCACUGUCACUAG